AUAUAUAAAUAAAUUAAAAACAAUAAACUUUGUAAUAAUUUCAUAUCGUGUGUCAAAUAAUUAAAAGUGAAAUGAAAGCACCUAGUGCAGUUAUAGUGUUCAUAGUAUGCCUGUCGGCGGCCACACCACUACUGGCCUCCAGUGUUGUAGGCGACGUUGUCGGCAAACUGACGGUCGGAUACCAGGGAUGGUUCAGUGCUAAAGGGGAUAACUCACCGCAUAAUACUUCGUGGAACCAUUGGGCCCACGGCAGUGACCAUCCCUGCAAAGAUCACUCUAAGGUUGACGUCUAUCCCGACACUCGGGAAUACACGCAUACCUACCAAACGGGUUACGCUAACCUCGGUAAUGGACAGCCGGCUAAGUUGUUCUCUUCGUGGGACAACCAGACUGUGGACACACACUUCAAAUGGAUGAAAGAGUGCUCACGCUUUUGGCUGACUUCCACCCCCACCCCAAACAACAUCGAUACGGCGGCUCUGCAGCGGUUUGGGGGUCACGUAAAGCUCGACCCCAUCGACACGAAAUGGAUGAACGGUGUGGCCGAUCACGUGAGGGCGGCGGCAGAGGCUCACGACCGCAAGUUUUACGUCAUGUGGGAUAUCAGCGGUUGGAAAACCUUCGCUACAGAACUCAUCGAGGACUACGACAACAACAUCAAGCACUUGACGACCAGUAAGGCCUACGCCCACCAGAACGGCAAACCCGUGGGGUCAGCGGUCGGCCCAAUGACACGGUGGGCGCCAUCGCCCUCAUUGCGUCUCUAUGUUGCGGGCGGUGUGGGCACUCAGUGGCGCACCGACACAACCGCCUUUAAGGACGUCUACACGAAGCUCGAUAUGUUGCAGCCCUGGGCGGUCGGCCGCAUGCGGAACAUCAAAGAGGCUGAGAAUUACAAGAAGACAUUGGAGGCCGACCACAACCAACUGAAGCAGCAUAACAUUGACUUUCAGCCUGUUCUAUUUGCGGGUUUCACGUGGGCUAAUUGGCAGGACAAAGCAGUACGCAAUCAGAUCCCGCGUGAGCAUGGUGACUUUAUGUGGCGUCAGUUCGUGAACGUGCGAGAGCUGGACAUCCCGUCGUGUUAUGUGGCGAUGUUUGACGAGUACGACGAGGGGACGGCCAUC